UGGAUUUUUUCUCUCCGCAGAGUUCACCUUCCCCCGGCCUGGUGAGGGAGCUGGUUACACUAGAUUGAAUGAAAAAUUAGAAAAGCCGAAAGAGCUUUCAGGAUCACAGAGGCCCUUGCUGGGGGAAGAAACGGAACCACCUACCGAAACGACUUCAGAGAUGCCACGGCGGAGGGCAGGAAAAGCUCCGGUAAAAGAAGACUCACCAGAGCCAAUAACAGCAUCAUACGAGAAGUUGGAACAGACUAAGGAUGGUACAGCUGUCUGUAGGCUGGGCAUUUUCUAUCCAGCGACAGAAGAUGGUGAGAUCACGGAAAAAGAAUGCGAAGUUCAUUGCAAGACCCACUUCGGAAAAAUUGUUUCAAGCCCUGAAGACUCAAUAGACAUUACUGAACCCGGGAUAUAUAAAUUUGCCGAUAUAACUCUAGGACAAAUAUGCCGCUGCACUUUUAAUUACAAUAGACUUAAAGAUUACAUCACAAAUCGUUUGUCUGAGAAGGACUUCUACGAUUUCCUCAAUCUUGCUUGCGACGACGGAUUCUGCGCUGCAAGAGUUUGGUUAAAGGAUAAAAAACUCAAAGUCGAGAUUGAGUAUGAGAUGGAAGCUAAGAAACAAAAUUCACCGGUCACAGCCUCAACAUUGGUGACACCACAGAUGUCAACGACAAAUACACCAGACCGGUCACCUCCUCAGACACGUACUCAGACACCCUCUCGGACACCUAUUCAAUCACCUUUUCAGUCACCUUCUCGAACGCCGGAUAGAUUCUCUAUGCAGACAUCGAAAUAUUCUGGCGGGGCUGAUAAAAGCAAGGGCGUGGCGAAGUCAUCAACUGGGACAGCGACAGCACCUGGCACGCCUUAUCGAAGUCCUAUGCAAACAGCUCCAGGAACGCCGGACAGAUUCUUUACGGGUGGAGACGCAUCAACGUAUACUGUAAGAACACCACCGGAGGAAGUUCUUGUGGGGGCUUUCACAACAGCAGAUGGCUCUUACACGCUGGAAAUGUGCGUCGAUUCCUGCCGCACAGCAUUUGGAAACAUUCUCAGCCCCGAAUCUGCCUAUACAAUGAGAAUGCCUUUCACCAAGGCAAAAUUGACUGCGGAUGGAAAGACCUGCAACUGUGUGCUGCGAUCUAUCGUUCCAACAUUCUGCUAUGAUAAGUGCAUCCGUUACAGUCUGUUGGUUAAAAAAAUUAAAAAACACUUCUUCUGUGCCGGAAAGGUAUACAUCGAGAGCUCCUCAAGACCAAAAACGAAUAUCGAGAUUGAGUACGAACAGGCUGCUCGUCCGCUACACAAAAAGAAUAAGGACAAAAAACCCCACUAUGUUCGGGUUUCAGUUGGCGUUGAUGAGCAGCAUGAGAACCAGAACCCUGGAUUUGAUGGAAUAGGAGAACCAAGCAUUAUCAUGAGGACUUUUGAUAAAGGAGUAUUUUCCAGGAAAAAAAGAAUAACGCAUGAUAUGUGUCAACAAAAAUGCAAUGAAUAUUUCGGCUACAUUUAUUUGAAUGACACGUAUAAAACACAUUUCACUAUUGGAGAGCUGAACAUCGACUGGUCUAAAUGCAAGUGUUUCGUGAAUGUUGAGCCCAUUAAGGAGAAAAUUGAUGAAAGGUUAGGUGGACGAAAGCAUAAAUGGGUAGAGUUCUCCGAAAGCUGUAAGACUAAGAAUGGAUACUUUGCGGUGAUAGAUUUUUUAAUCACGCAUGAAGAAUACGGAUUGAAGAUCGAGCCUGGAAAUUUGCUGACCGCUGAAGAGAGACAGCGCUUAGGUCAGUCAAAAAGAAGAGUCGACGCGAAACAGAAGAGAGCACUUCGAAUGGCAAUUCACCGAAAAGAAAAAAGAUUUUUCAGGCCAGUACAAUACAAACUUGGAGAAUGCGAAGUGUAUUGCAAUACGCGUUAUGGUUUCGUCUUCGGGUAUCCGACGCGUGUCCCAUUUACCAAACCUGAACUGUCGGAUGACAAAUAUAACUGUGAAUGCUGGUUGAAUGUAAAACCUCUCACGUAUUUUUUUCUCGUCCGCAAUGUGGAUUGGGAUGAAUUUUUCAAGUCCUGCGAGCACUCCUACGAGAGGGGUGUUAAAUUUUUAAGAACUGGUGGGAUUGGCGUCCCACCGUAUAUCCAAGAAGUCCGAGAAGAGAAAUUUCCAAGAAUUGAUGUCGUGGAUAUAAAUGGCAAAGUGAAAAUUCUACCAGGAGAUCCUCCCGUCGGCGGUGGCCCAUCGUCGUCUGAGACUCCCGUCCCGGACGUCCCAUCGAAUCCAACUGUAACCUGAACCUUCCAUUUUUAUCCAUGCACUGCUUAAUAAUGUUUAUAAAACUAAAAAUGUAUACACCUAACGUACUUGUAAGACAUUAAUAGCCUGAGAUGCUGAAUGUCUCUAAUAAAAUCAGCUAACUAAAAGCGUUAAUUCUU